AUGUUAGGCCGACCAAUACCCAACAAGGUUGUUGCCUACGGUGCUAUAGUUCAAGCUGUCAUUUUGAUUCUUAUAGACGUCACUCCCCUCUCGCUUAGAUUGGAAACAAGUGGAGGCAUAAUGUUAGUUUUAAUUCCUAGGAACACUAGUAUUCCCACAACGAUGGAGAAAACUUUUUGUGUUUUGAUUAAAGUUUACGAAGGAGAGAGAUCCUUCACGAUAGACAAUAACUUUCUAGGAAAAUUCAAGCUUUUAGGAAUCCCCCCUACUCCUACCUAUGUUUCUCAAAUAACUAUAUGUUUUGACAUCGACGAGAACGGGAUCCUGAAUGUUUCAGCAAAGGUAGAGAAUUUCAGAGAGAAGAGUAUGAUAACGAUGACAAAUGAGAAAUGGAGGUUAUGUGUAGAAGAUAUAGAGAAGAUGAUGCAAGAGGCAGAGAAGUACAAGUUGGAGGAGGACGAGAUACAGUCACAAAAGAGGAGUGGAGACACAGCUGAGGACUAUGCUUACAAAAUGAGGAGCAAAGUCAAGAAGAUGAGGUAUAAGUUGACAUAUGGUGACAAGAAGAAGAUAGAUGAUACAAUAGAGGAAGCAUAUAUACAAUUGGACGACAAUGAAAUGGCAACCAAGGCAGAUGUGUUUGAGGAAAAGCUGAAAGAGAUAAAAAGGGUGUGCAACCCCAUUACUGGUUUUGGGGAACCCAGAAUGAGGAAGUUAAUUGAUUAUAUAUUGCUGCUGAAUUCCACACAACAACUUGAUCCCACAAUUCCAGAAAAAACAGAAUUAGAGGGGGAUGCAGUCUUUCAAAAUUACUAUCAUGGCCCUGCAUAA